AGUAUGGCAGAGGGAACAAGAUGCUGCUGCUGCCAAUCCCAUGUUGCAACCGAGGAGGGUGACCAUGCACAUCAUCGCCGACCCAAACAACGACCCUCGGCGAUACAAUCAACCAGCUGCUCAUGUGAAUGAGGUAGCAGUUGUCUUUGUUGGUGAAGAUGGUCUGCCACCAAGGAACCUCGAUCUGGUCAUAUACGAUUCAAACCCAGUUGAUCCAAAUCACCGGAUGCAAAGCAUUUCAGCAGGCUCAUCUCACGCAGAUCCAAUGCUAUAUCCCCUUUUUUUCCCGUACGGGGAAACCGGUUGGCAUUACAACCUGCUACAAGAAGGCAACCGCCGGAACGCGGUUCGCGUUAGGAACACUAUCAGGGAGUUUGUGUGUUACCGUCUGGCCAUUAGAUACACUGGAACCAAUAGCAAUGGGAAUGAAGGCCAUGCAUUUAGUUUAAUACAUGCAGGUGGUUUUUUAUUACAGCAGUACAUGUGUGAUCAGUACAUUCGCAUGGAAGCGAACAAUCUGCGCUACACUCGAGACAAUCAGAGAGCGCUCUUUGCUGAUGCUUAUCGGGGCCUGGUGGACCACAUAAACCAACAGCUCCACGUCGACGAAAUCGGCCCUGUUGGACGCAGGACCAUUCUACCAUCAACCUUUGUAGGUGGCCCUCGGUACAUGAAACAAUGUUACCAAGACGCAAUGGCCAUUGUGCGUAAGUAUGGAAAGCCAGACCUAUUCAUAACGUUUACGUGUAACCCUAGGUGGCCAGAGAUAGUAGACAACAUUCCAAGUUGGUUGAAGGCAAACGACAGACCCGAUUUGGUGGCGAGGGUUUUCCAUGCAAAACUGAAGGAGCUGAUGCGUGACAUAACGACCAAUAGGGUGUUUGGUAAUAUAGAUGCUUAUGUGUACACAAUUGAGUUUCAGAAACGUGGUCUUCCACAUGCACACAUACUCAUAAUUUUGCACGAGGACAGCAAGUUGCUUACAGCCGACGAUGUUGACAAUGUUGUGUGUGCCUACUUGCCUGACCCUGCAACUGAAAGGCGCCUAUUUGAUAGUGUGAAGUCACACAUGAUUCACGGACCGUGUGGACAACUCAACGGCAACAGUCCGUGUAUGAUUGACAACAGUUGUUCAAAGAAGUAUCCCAAAGAAUACAGCGAAGAGACUGUGUACGUUUCAGAUAGUGGUUAUCCAACUUAUCGCAGACCGAACAACGGACUUGUGGUAAACGUCAGAGGUCACCCUGUCGGCAAUGAGUUUGUUGUCCCCCACAACCCAUACUUGCUGGUCAAGUAUGACGCACACAUAAACGUUGAGGUGUGCUCUACUAUAAAGAGUGUGAUGUAUUUAUAUAAAUAUGUCUACAAAGGCCAUGACGCUGCUACCUUGGAAGUCUGGAAUGGAGAUGAAAUAGAAAAGUAUAUGAAUUAA